AACUAUUUGUGUCAAAUCUUCUUGAAAAAAGAAAAAUACAGUGUGAAUGUAGUACAGUGUUGGAGAAACUUUCCUUUGUUUUGGUGGGGUAUUAGUAUUUGUUUGUUUGAAUAGCAGACUUCAAACGCUGCUGCUGCCGUGUGAAGACUUUUCUCGAGUCAUCUAAAGUCUUUGCCAUCUUUGCCAAGAUAGAGCCUUUUGUUGGAGCUGAAAUUUUAUCAAAUUCCAAGUAGUACUGCAAUUUGUGAUAAAAAUUAUGGUGUGGGUUCAGAUUUGGUAGCUUAAAGGAACUGUGAAAUUUGGGCUUUUCAAGAACUGGAAAAGAUUGAAUCUUGCACUUUGUAGAUGGUGGGUUUUCUACAUUUCUGAUUGAGAUAAAGUUUAUGCUGUGGGUUCAGAUUUAGCAGCCUAAAGGAAUUGUAAAAUUGGGCUUUUGGCUAUCCAAGGAUUGAAAAAGAUUGAAUCUCGUGUCCCGUAGAUGGUGGGUUUUCUACAUUUCUGGGAGGGUGUUUUAGUAGCAUACUGAAAGAUAUGAAGUGUUUUCAGUUCUACAAUAGUGAGAAGAAGGAAGAACCUAAGACCGCGAAGUCAAAUCCAGUUCUGUCCUCCUCUUUUGGUCUUUUUGAUAGUGAAUUUCGGCAUUCUCAUCGUGAGUCCAGCUCGCAGAAUGUAUCAGAUACCAGCACAGAAUCUAGAGGAAGGAGCCAAAUUCCAAGCCUGUCAGAUAGACCUUCCGAUCUCAGGGCAUUUACAUUCUCAGAACUGAAAGCAGCAACGAAGAAUUUCAAUCGUACUACCAAGAUUGGGGAAGGUGGAUUUGGAUGUGUAUAUAAAGCCACAGUAAAGACUGGUGAGGAUUCAGCGAAAAAGAUUGACGUGGCUGUAAAACAACUUGGUAGGAGAGGAUUACAGGGCCACAAAGAGUGGGUGACAGAAGUCAAUGUUCUCGGGGUGGCUGAACAUAAAAACCUCGUCAAAUUAGUUGGCUACUGUGCAGAAGAUGACGAAAGAGGAAUCCAGCGGCUUUUGGUGUAUGAAUACAUGCCUAACAGAAGUGUCGAAAACCAUUUGUCAGCUAGGUCAGAAACCCCUCUCUCCUGGGCAAUGAGGUUAAAGAUAGCCCAAGAUGCUGCUCGUGGCUUAGCAUACCUACAUGAAGAAAUGGAUGUUCAGAUUAUCUUCAGAGAUUUCAAAUCUUCAAACAUUCUCUUGGACGAGCAAUGGAAUGCAAAGUUGUCAGAUUUUGGAUUGGCUAGGUUGGGACCUCCUGAGGGUCUAACCCAUGUCUCAACUGCGGUUGUUGGAACCAUGGGAUAUGCUGCUCCUGAAUAUGUUCAAACUGGUCGUCUCACUUCCAAGAGUGAUGUGUGGAGCUAUGGUGUCUUUCUCUAUGAGCUGAUUACUGGUCGACGUCCAUUAGAUCGAAAUCGGCCUAGGAGUGAGCAGAAGCUCUUAGAGUGGGUAAAGCCAUACAUAUCAGAUUCUAAGAAGUUUCAACAAAUAUUAGACCCAAGGCUUGAUGGUAAGAUCUCAAGGUCAGCCCAGAAGCUCUCUAUAGUCGCCAACCGCUGCUUGGUCAGACAUGCAAAGACACGUCCAAAAAUGAGUGAAGUCCUGGAAAUGGUGAACAAAGUUGUCGAGACAUCAACAGGAAUAGGAAAUCCUGGACCACCUGUGAGAAUUGCGGAACCAACUUCACCAGAAUCUGCAAGGAAAGGUAAGAGGAAGAUAACUGAUAUCAAACUCGGAGAUGGUAGCAGGUUAGUACACAUGUGGUCAACAAAGCUGACAAGCACUUGUUAAUAUAAUAGUUUCCAAUAUGCACAAACAAAAGAGGAGUUGAAAGAAAAAGUUUUAACGAAAACAUUAUUUCCGUUGGAGAGAAAGGUAACGUAGAACUGGAAACUAUAUUUACUAGCUCCCAAUAUGAAUGAGGUCCCUGUCAUUAUUGUCUUAUAUCAUCUCUAGAAUUGACAGCAAGUGGUGACUAUGGACACUGUAUGUGACUUGCUGCAGAAUCUUCUGGUGAUCUAUAACGAUGAAUGAAGGGGUUUGUCGUUAGCUAUAAGGAAUCUGAAGCUCUCAUGUAAUACUGAUCUUGAUAUUUCCAGUUUUGAUUAAAAAUGUAUAGUUUCCGUUUUUCAUGAUAUGCAAGAAAAUGAACAAGAU